AGGGAGGGGAAGAAGGGGGGCUCCAAAGUCGGGGUUCCCCCCAACAGAGCCUUUUACGCACAAGGUUUCCUUGCUUUUACGCACCUUGUUUUCCCUUAGUAAAAAAAAGAGGGGUUAAUUUAUUCCUCCCUUUUGGGGGGCUCAACAAGCCUUGAAGCCCCUCCCUCCAAAUAGGAAGGGAGGGGGAAAAGGAGGAGGUAAAAAAGGGGGGAAACCAAGGAAAGUUGGGGAGACUCCCCCAAAACAGAAGAGGAUAGUUUGGCAGGAGUGGACUUCCCCCAAAGCCAGGAUGUUCCAGGCCUUGUACAACUGCUUCUGGUGGGAGCGGCUCUGGCUGCCGGCCAACCUGACCUGGAGCGACCUCCGGGACCAUCAUGGCCAGGUCUUCGCCAAGGCCUCCGACCUCUACUUCACCCUCCCCUUGGCCUUCCUCUUCCUCGGCGUCCGGCGCCUCUUCGAGACAUAUGUGGCCACUCCAUUAGCGAGACUUUUGAACGUCAAGGAGAAAGUCCGGUUAAAAGCCACACCGAAUCCCAUCUUAGAAAAACAUUACACUUCUUCCUGCAAACAUCCCAAACAGGCGGACAUCGAGGCCCUUUCAAAGAAAAGCGGAUGCUCCGCCCGGCAGGUCGAGCGCUGGUUCCGGCGCCGGCGCAACCAGGACCGGCCCAGUUUGCUGAAGAAGUUUCGGGAAGCCAGUUGGCGAUUCACCUUUUACCUUAUUGCUUUCAUUGCUGGCAUGGUUGUUAUAGCAGAUAAACCCUGGUUUUACGAUCUCCGGAAAGUUUGGGACGGCUAUCCUGUCCAGACCAUGUUGCCGUCCCAGUACUGGUAUUACAUGAUCGAGUUGUCCUUUUACUGGUCGCUCUUGUUCAGCAUUGCCUCGGACGUGAAGCGCAAGGACUUCAAGGAGCAAGUCAUCCACCACGUGGCCACCAUCAUCUUGAUCAGCUUUUCCUGGUGCACGAAUUACAUCCGGGCUGGGACCCUCGUCAUGGCCUUGCACGACUCUUCGGAUUACUUGCUGGAGUCAGCAAAGAUGUUUAAUUACGCCGGUUGGAAGAAUACCUGCAAUAACAUUUUCAUUGUCUUCGCGAUGGUCUUUAUCUUCACGCGGCUCAUUAUCCUUCCUUUCUGGAUCCUCCAUUGCACGAUCGUUUACCCGCUGGACCACUACCCGCCUUUCUUCGGCUACUACUUCUUCAACCUCAUGAUGCUGAUCCUGCAGUCCCUCCACAUCUUUUGGGCGUUUCUCAUUAUCCGCAUGGCCCAGAAGUUCAUAACUGGAAAGGUGGUGGAGGAUGAGCGCAGCGACCGGGACGAGACGGACAACUCCGACGAGGAAGACGAGAAGCCCGCCGCCGCCGCCGGUUCAGCCACCAAAAACGGCCCGCUGACCAACGGCCACCCCGUCUUGAACAAUAACCACCGGAAAGUUGAAUGAUGAUCCUUGGCGUUCGUUUAUAUUCCUCGGGAGGCGGUGGGGAGGCCUUCUCCCGAUGCCGACUCCCCCGCCGCCUGCCGCGAGAUGCACAAGCGGAGACCGUGUUGUUUUUGUUUUGUUUUUGAGGCCAAAACCAAAAAAGAGAGAGAGAGAGAAAAUACCCCCCCCCCCCCCAUGAACUUUCUACGAGGAGAACAUUUCUGAAUUUCCAAAUGAAGGAGUCCGUCUCGAAUCGUCAGCUUCGAGUUGGAUUCGGAAACAAAGGGGCAAAUGCCUUAUGGGACAAUUGUACGUGAUGGAAGAGAACUCCACCAUAAGACCUUUUCUCCUGAGAGCGAGACCCGGUUUCCUCCUCCUCCUCCUUCUUUCUGCCGGACUUUUGCCUUGUUCUCUUCUCUUCCUUCCUUCCCUUUCUUCCUGACCAAAUUGCCUUAAAACUAACGUCAAAUCGCCUGUCUUUUCCUCCUCUGCUGACCAAAUUAAGACCUAAGAAGCCGUAGGAAAGGAGAAGGCAUAAAAUGACAGUCGUUCUUUUAUAUACUUUGGAGAGUCCAACUUUUCAAGCCGAGGUCCCCUUCCUGUGCCAAAAGGCUUUUGAAUUCGAAGUGUAUCAGAGAGCAGUUUCCGCUCUCGAUCUUCCUCAGUGCCAGGAUUUUCACAACACACACACACACAGAUAUAUAUCACGAGGAAAGCCUUGCAACUUGGGUCCAAUUUCCGCAUUUCUCGGGGACGUAGAGGUUCACGUUCAGGACUCGGAGACGUGGCCAGAUCCUCCAUUUCCAUCUCCAAUUUUGAGUCCAAUUUCCGCAUUUCUCGAGGACGUAGAGGUUCACAUUCAGGACUCAGAGACGUAGCCAGAUCCUCCAUUUCCAUCUCACACACAUGUAGAUGUAUUACGAGGAAAGCCUUGCAACUAGGGUCCAAUUUCCGCAUUUCUCGGGGACGUAGAGGUUCACAUUCAGGACUCGGAGACGUGGCCAGAUCCUCCAUUUCCAUCUCCAAUUUUGAGUCCAAUUUCUGCAUUUCUCGGGGACGUAGAGGUUCACGUUCAGGACUCGGAGACAUAGCCAGAUCCUCCAUUUCCAUCUCUCUCACAUAUAUAUUAUGAGGAAAGCCUUGCAACUUGGGUCCAAUUUCCGCAUUUCUCGGGGACGUAGAGGUUCACGUUCAGGACUCGGAGAGGUGGCCUGAUCCUCCAUUUCCAUCUCCAAUUUUGAGUCCAAUUUCUGCAUUUCUCGGGGACAUAGAGGUUCGCAUUCAGGACUCGGAGACAUAGCCAGAUCCUCCAUUUCCAUCUCUCACACACAUAUAUGUAUUAUGAGGAAAGCCUUGCAACUUGGGUCCAAUUUCCGCAUUUCUCGGGGACGUAGAGGUUCGCAUUCAGGACUCGGAGAUGUGGCCAGAUCCUCCAUUUCCAUCUCCAAUUUUGAGUCCAAUUUCCGCAUUUCUCGGAGACGUAGAGGUUCGCAUUCAGGACUCGGAGACGUAGCCAGAUCCUCCAUUCCAUCUCACACACACAUAUAUGUAUUAUGAGGAAAGCCUUGCAACUUGAGUCCAAUUUCCGCAUUUCUCGGGGAUGUAGAGGUUCGCGUUCAGGACUCGGAGACGUGGCCAGAUCCUCCAUUUCCAUCUCCAAUUUUGAGUCCAAUUUCCGAAUUUCUCGGGGACGUAGAGGUUCAUGUUCAGGACUCGGAGACAUAGCCAGAUCCUCCAUUUCCAUCUCACACACACAUACGUGUUUUACGAGGAAAGCUUUGCAACUUGGGUCCAAUUUCUGCAUUUCUCGGGGACGUAGAGGUUCGCGUUCAGGACUCGGAGACGUGACCAGAUCCUCAAUUUCCAUCUCCAAUUUUGAGUCCAAUUUCCACAUUUCUCGGGGACAUAGAGGUUCGCGUUCAGGACUCUGAGACGUAGCCAGAUCCUCCAUUUCCAUCACACACACACAUAUAUGUAUUACAAGGAAAGCCUUGCAACUUGAGUCCAAUUUCCGCAUUUCUCGGGGAUGUAGAGGUUCGUGUUCAGGACUCUGAGACGUAGCCAGAUCCUCCAUUUCCAUCUCACACACACAUAUAUGUAUUACGAGGAAAGCUUUGCAACUUGGGUUCAGUUUCCACAUUUCUCGGGGACGUAGAGGUUCACAUUCAGGACUCGGAGAUGUAGCCAGAUCCUCUGUUUCCAACUCUUUGCAAGGAGGAAGAAAAGCCAUAGUCGGCGCCGCCAAAUCUUCAAACGGAGAAGGCCGAGUUACUCGUAACUGCACUAAAUCGGUUCCCUUUCUCUCUUUUCCUGCACAAGAAAAAAGAGCACCUGGGUAAAUUUAAAUAACACCUAUUGAUGCCUUGAUCUCAUAUAAAGUAUUUCAUAAAAUGACGGGUUGAAGUCGUAAUAUAGAAGUAUUUGAAGGUGGGCACAACGGCAAGGAAUCGGGGACGGUGUGGUUAUUUCCAAAGGUCAAGCAAGGCUGCCAUUGGUGGCGAGAGACUCGUACUUUCCCCGCAAACGGCACCAUUUCUCUUCGUAUUCACAUCCAACUAUUCCACCCAUUUCCUUUUGGGAUUCCAGUCUUUUUCCCUCCUCUUCCACUUUUCCAUUUAAUCCACCCUUUUUCUCACCUUAUUGACGACAAAACACUCAGUUUUCUGUGUAUUCCACUUGGUUUUUCUCACUCUUUGGGGAACGAAGAACAAUUAUCGGUAUUUCUCCCCCUCCUUUUAAUUUAUUAGAUAGCAUUUUUUGAGGACCAUGAUGAUUAUUUUUUUUGCAAAACCAAUAAAACUAGGGGUCCAGGCAAAACAGCAGUGGAAAUGUAUAGAAAAAUUGACUCUAAAUAGAGGAUCCAAUGGCAUUCUUUUUGUGUGUGUGUUUUUGUCUUGUUUCCAGCCCCGGGGAGGAGCGGGAGGGAGGGUUUUGCAAGGGGAAGAAAGGACCAUUCGCCCAUCUCCAGACCAAAAUUGUGUUUUUUUAAAAAAGAAAAUUUAAAUAUAUUAUUAAAAGCUAAAUAAAACUAAUAAAACUUCUGUUUAAAAAAACAA